AUGUCUUGGAAGAGAAAUUAUUUUUCAGGGAGCCGUGGUAGUGUCCAAGGGAUGUUUGCGCCUCGAAGUUCAACUUCUAUAGCCCCCAGCAAAGGCCUCAGCAAUGAGCCAGGACAAAAUAGCUGCUUCCUCAAUAGUGCCCUGCAGGUUUUGUGGCACUUGGACAUCUUCCGACGUAGCUUUAGGCAACUCACAACUCACAAGUGUAUGGGAGAUUCCUGUAUCUUUUGUGCUCUCAAGGGAAUAUUUAACCAGUUUCAGUGCAGUAGUGAAAAAGUCCUUCCAUCUGACACUCUCCGCAGUGCUCUGGCAAAGACUUUCCAGGAUGAACAGCGUUUCCAGCUGGGAAUUAUGGAUGAUGCUGCGGAGUGCUUUGAAAAUCUCCUGAUGAGAAUUCACUUCCAUAUUGCUGAUGAAACCAAAGAGGAUAUAUGUACUGCUCCACAUUGCAUCUCUCACCAAAAAUUUGCAAUGACGUUGUUUGAGCAGUGUGUAUGUACUAGCUGUGGUGCCACUUCUGAUCCACUGCCUUUCAUCCAGAUGGUACAUUACAUCUCCACCACUUCCCUUUGCAAUCAGGCUAUUUGUAUGUUGGAAAGACGAGAAAAACCUUCACCGAGUAUGUUUGGUGAGCUGCUGCAGAAUGCCAGCACCAUGGGGGAUCUGCGGAACUGCCCUAGCAACUGUGGAGAGAGGAUCCGGAUUCGCCGUGUGUUGAUGAAUGCUCCACAGAUUAUCACGAUUGGGCUGGUAUGGGACUCUGACCAUUCAGACUUGGCAGAGGAUGUCAUCCACAGCCUGGGCACCUGCCUAAAGCUGGGUGAUCUGUUUUUCAGAGUGACAGAUGAUCGGGCCAAGUACUCUGAACUGUACUUAGUAGGAAUGAUCUGUUACUAUGGCAAGCAUUAUUCCACAUUCUUUUUCCAAACAAAAAUCCGCAAAUGGAUGUAUUUUGAUGACGCUCAUGUCAAGGAGAUUGGACCCAAAUGGAAGGAUGUGGUGACCAAAUGCAUCAAGGGGCAUUAUCAGCCUUUGCUGUUACUUUAUGCAGACCCCCAAGGCACCCCAGUGUCCACCCAGGACCUGCCUCCCCAAGCUGAGUUCCAGUCAUAUAGCAGGACAUGCUAUGAUAGUGAAGAUUCAGGGAGGGAACCCUCCAUCUCCAGUGACACUCGAACAGAUUCCUCAACGGAGAGCUAUCCCUACAAACACUCCCAUCACGAGUCUGUGGUCAGUCACUUCUCUUCUGAUUCUCAGGGGACAGUCAUCUGUAAUGUGGAGAAUGAUUCCAUGUCUCAGAGCAGUCGGGACACAGGUCACCUGACUGAUAGUGAAUGUAAUCAGAAACACACAUCCAAGAAAGGGUCACUGAUAGAGCGCAAGAGGAGCUCUGGCCGAGUUAGGAGGAAAGGCGAUGAGCCACAGGCCUCAGGGUACCACAGCGAAGGAGAAACACUGAAAGAGAAGCAGGCUCCAAGGAAUGCCUCCAAAUCAUCCAGCAGCACGAAUAGGCUGAGGGACUUUAAAGAGACAGUCAGUAAUAUUAUCCAUAACAGGCCGUCUGUGGCUUCUCAGACCAACCUAGGAUCUCCCUGUGGAGCCAGGGGAGGAGACCAGCCUGACAAAAAACCUCCUAGGAACUUGCUCUUGCACUCUCAUGACUGGGAAGUAGAGAGUAACAGCAGUGAGUCAAAAUCCAGUUCUUCCAGCAAGCAUCGUCCAACAUGGAGACCAAAACGGGAAUCUCUGAAUAUUGACAGUAUCUUUAGUAAGGACAAAAGAAAGCACUGUGGCUAUACACAGCUUAGCCCUUUUUCUGAGGAUGCAGCUAAAGAAUUUACACCGAAUGAACUAAGCAAACCGCCUCCUUUUGACAAUAAAACUGGUGGACCAAACCCUGGAUAUAAGCCCUGGGGCCCAGCGCGGCCAGGCUCUCACCUUUUGGAACAGCACCCCCGCCUGAUCCAACGAAUGGAAUCUGGCUAUGAGAGCAGUGAGAGGAACAGCAACAGCCCUGUCAGCUUGGAUGCAACCCUGCCUGAAAACUUGAAUGUCUACAGGGAUCCAAGUGCUAAAAGAUCAGUUGGGCUGGUCCCUGCCUGGCAUCAUAUCCCAAAGUCUCACAGCAGUAGCAUCCUGGAGGUGGACUGCACGGCAUCCAUGAGUGGCUGGACAAAGAGUCAGCCUAUCUCAGGUGGAGAGAGAUCUUCCAAAAGUGAACUGGAUGAGUUACAAGAAGAAGUGGCCAGGAGGGCGCGGGAACAGGAACUUCGAAGGAAACGGGAGAAGGAAUUAGAGGCAGCUAAAGGCUUUAACCCUCAUCCGAGUCGGUUUAUGGACUUGGAUGAAUUGCAGAAUCAGGGGAGGAGUGACGGCUUUGAGAGGUCCCUGCAAGAGGCAGAUUCAGUGUUUGAAGAGUCGGUGCGUCUGGAACAGAAGGGAGACUGUGCUGCAGCUUUGGCUCUCUGUAACGAAGCUAUCUCUAAACUAAGACUUGCCCUGCAUGGUGCCAGCUCUAGCACGCACAGCAGAGCCCUAGUCGAUAAGAAGUUGCAAAUCAGUAUUCGAAAAGCACGGAGCCUGCAGGAUCGCAUGCAGCAGCAGCAAUCAUCACAGCAGCCGUCGCAGUCCUCAGCCUGCCUCCCAUCACAAGGGGGGGCCCUUCCUCAGCCAACAAGUGAACAACCUAUCCCGCUCCAAAUAUUGUUGAGCCGGGAGGCCCAGCUGGAACCCUGCACGGACACAGAGUUUGAGGCCAGUUCUUUCUUCCACUCACCUGCUUCCUGCCAUGAGUCACACUCAUCACUAUUCUCAGAGUCACCUGCCCCUUCUGCCCAACAGCAUAGCUCCUCCAAUAGAUCUGCCCCAAACCUUCUGACUUUGGUUGAGGUGGACAGCAUUGACCCCACUUCAAUCCACAGGCAGGGCUUACUUCAAACACCAGGGAAGUCUGAGAAGACUUCUAAUCAUGGUUGGGAGCCAAUGGACACCCUAGAAUGUAAGCUGCAAGUUUACAGGGGUGACGAUAGCAGUUGCAUGUUCCCUCCACAAGAAGGAAGAGGCACUGCUCAAGAACAACUUUUCCACGAAAAGAGGGAUCCUACUAACCCAUCCCUAGUGCUGCCUUGGUCACACCUAGCUGGAACAGCCACCUCCGAGAGAGGAGGGGAACAUAGCUCCAGUUGUAGUGCUUUAAAUUCAUCAGUUCAGCCAAGUCUUGCUCCAUACAGGGACUGCCAUCCCAUAAUGCCUGCAGCUUCCUCAUCUGUGCUUCGUUCUCCUGAUUCUGUGCAGAAAACUAACCAAUGCCUUCCAGCCAAAAGUCCCAAAACUUCAUUGACUUCAAAAGUGGAUGGAGGCAGCAAGGAGCCCUAUAGGCCAGAGUUUCCCUGCACAAAGGGGCUUGUCCGCUCUCUGGCAGAGCAGUUCCAGAGGAUGCAAGGUACUUCCACAAAGGAUGGCACGGGUUCCCAGGAUAGAAGUGUGCCAGAUAGUCUAAGGAAGAACUCUUCCCCUUCUGAAUCUAAGCCUCCUUUCCCACAGGAUCAAGGGAAAGGCCACUGGCCUUGGGCAAAAAAGCCACCCUCUCUGGAUGGUAGGGACAGACUACCUUCCUGGGAAGAACCUAUUGACUAUCAACCUCUUGCCAUGAACUCUGGGUUGCCUAAUGGUGAAACUUCUAGGGUAGGACAGUCUAGGUUGGUAGAGCCUAGUACAUAUAAAGAGCUGCCAUCCCAAGUGAGAGAUGCUAGGCCUAAGGAGCUGGACAGCAAUGCUGACUUGGAGCUUUCCUUGCCUUUGGAUUCCUGGGUGAAGGUUACAAGACUCUGUGAUUCACAACUUAAAUAUGGAGUCCCUGGGCCAGAAGUAAAAUCCUCUCCCCAUGAUUCCCAUACCUGCAUAGCCUAUCCAGAGAGAAACCACAUCUUUUUGCAUCCACAUUGGAACCAAGACACAGAGCAGGAAACCUCAGAAUUGGAGUCUCUCUACCAGGCCAGUCUCCAGACUUCUCAAACUGGCUAUUCUAAAUGGGGGCAGCAGGAUGUGUCUUGGCACCCAUUUAGCCAAACAGGCUCUGCAGACAGCAUGGGGAGGAGGCUGCACUCAGCCCCUGGCCUUGGUCUCUCAAGGACCCCAACAGCAGAAAUGGAACACAGUCUCUGUGAAGCCACGACAGUCCCUGCUUCUCAGGCUGUACCUUGCCAAGGCCCCAGCAGGGAGUUUGGGGACAAGGAACAGUACUGUGCAGAGAACUUCUGCUGCAUCUCAUAUAGUCUCAGUGGCACCAUUGUUUCAGACAGGGAGGAGGCUCUAGUCUUUUCCUACAGUUUGGAUUCAUCAAACGUGAGGAAAAAGCCUUUGGAAACCGGGCACCGUUGUUCCAGCUCCUCUUCCCUCUCUGUCAUCCAUGACCCUCCUGUGUUUCUCCUUGGUCCCCAACUCUACCCUCCCCAACCACAGUUCCUGUCCCCAGAUGUCCUGAUGCCCAGCAUGUCAGGGGAGCCCCAUAGACCCCCAGGAACUUCAAAGAAUGCCCAACAGUUUCUGGCUGUGUGUGACAGGGGUGAAACUUCCCAAGGGAUCAAAUACACAGGAAGGACUUUGAACUAUCGGAGUCUCCCCCAUCGUUCCAGGACAGAUUCCUCCUGGGGACCCUGGUCAGAGACUAACCAGCAUAUUGGGGCCAGAUUUCUGACCACUCCAGGGUGUCAGCCUCCACUAACUCACACUGCCACAGUACCAGAAAGAUGCCAAGGAUUCCCAGUUCCUCAUGCUCAGUCCUGGGGUGAUCUUUUCCAUUCACCUUCCCACUCUCCCAUUGUUCACCAUGUGUCCUCACCAUCCAGCAGUCUUUGUGUACCCCUGAGGUCAGCCUGGAAUUCAGGUCCUAUUCCAGGGUCCCGAGCCCCUGGUCCUAGAAGAGUAGAUAUGCCCCCAGAUGAUGACUGGAGGCAAAGCAGUUACGCCCACCAAUCUGGGCACAGGAGGACAGGGGGAGAAGGGCUUCUGUUUGUUCUAGCAGAUGCCCCUGGAAGGGAGCAGAUCAGGACCAGAGCCCUGCAGCACAGCAGGUGGUAA